AUGCCGUUCCAGAUUUCCCAUGUGCCUUACUGGAAAUCGAAUGGACCCUUCGCGGGCUACAUCGAGAAUCGACUCCCGUGGGACUCGGACCGAGAGUGCGUGAGAUGCCAAUCUGAGGAUCGCUACUACUACCUGAGGCAGGACAUUGCCAUCGAAGAACCUAAGCAUGUACCGCUCCAUCUCAGGAACCCUCUCCGUCAAUAUUUCGCGAUGAAAGAGGAAGGGCUUCUGGGACUGCACAAUCAAGAAAGGGUGAACGCGAGAUGGUCACAGCGUCCCUAUCAAGAGGCAACUCUCCGUGAUCACUUCGGUAGCCAGCUAUACAAGGCUCAAUUGGGCUGGGAGGAUCACUUCGAGGUCCUCAGACAGCAAGAAGAGCGCCGCGAAGUCUUAGGGAAGCCUCCUCUUCCCUGGGGAGAUCUAGACGUCGGAGAGUAUAAGCUACCCCCGGGACCCCUGCCUGAGAACCCACAGCGCGAGUACUUGGGUGCGACAGUUAUCGCUUUUCUCAACCGCCUCAAAGAAAUUCGCCAGGAAGUUUCAGGCAUUCGAGAUCGACACGAGCGCAACAUACAGUUUUUUGUUAGACUGCGCGACUUCACCCAGCCACUGGCGGUGCGGGCUCUCAAGUUCGGUGAGAGGGGUAGCGGUUCUUCCAUCUCUUCCAACUCUACCGCUGCCGAUGCUUGGUACCGAGAGAACCCAUUCCCUGACCGGCGCUCCAAGCCCCAGAGGUCGUGGUCUCCCGGCGGACGCGAGUAUCGGCCCCUGAAGAGUAUUACGCACAUCCUCACAGGUGGCACGGACAUGCCGAAGAAAAGUGAAGAUUAUAUCCGCCAACAGCGGCUCAAGUACCCUUACCCUGUCCCAGAUGCAAUUCCUGCCUUCGACAAGGCCCACAUCGAGUUUGACCGGCAGUGUGCGGCUGAGUACAAAGUCGAGGGACAAUGGAAAUGUCGGAACAUAGUCAACUGCACCAUUACCGACCGCAUCUUGAAGGGCGACUUCGACAGUGUCUCAGCAUUUGUCCUCGGCAACGUUAGGGCUGACUAUGACUUCUUGAUGUUCAUGGCACGUAAUGAGCACGACUUCUACGAGAGAACUGGCAAGGAGAAAGGCCGUGCCGACGAUGAGAGUGCUACAACAGCGGACGAGUCCAGCAUAGCCGAGUCCGGGACGACGGUGGGCCGAUCCGCCGCUUUGAAUAUACGCACUCGACCGGGCCCGUCAUCUAGCGUGGCGAGCUCGCAACUUACGGGUACUGGAACUCGCUCUCGAUUUACGGACACCGAUGUUAGCUAUGCGACCUCCAGAGACAGCGAGGCUGCAAGUCAGUUGUCAGAAGCCUCUCGUGCCGGCCAUGGACGAGGCCGUCGUCACUAUGAUGAUGAAGACGAGGACUCAGACAGCGACACGACAGAGGCGUGA